AUGGAUUUUGAUGAAUUUGAAGAAUCAGAAAUUAUGUUUUCAGAUUACUCGACGGAUCAAAGCGUCGAAAGCAACGGUAUCCAAAGCGACGAUGUGAUGAGAUGGAAACAUUGUAGUUUAAAAAAGAAAUCUUCUAUAGCAAUCAAUAUUCCUGUGAUCAGCUCUUCAUUUCGUGAUGAUGAACAGAUGGUUAGUAUUAAUUCUUCGUUUGAUCAUCAUGAUAUCAUAAAUAUGGAUGAUGAGAUGAUGAAAAUGCCUCCACAUGUGAUUAUUGAAAAAAGAGAUAAUGAAGAAGUGGUAAGGUCAUUUAGUCCUAUGAAGGGCAAGAAUUUGUGUAAGGUUAGGAACUCUAUUCUUAGGAUGACUGGUUUUCUUGAGAGAUAA